CCGUAUUAGGAAUCGAGUUGCGUGUGAAAUGUAAUUUCCUUAUACAAAUUUUAUAGUGAGAAGUGUCGAAACGAAAGAACUGAUGCUACUCUUGCGUAUGUUCGCGACACGGACACGUACCUUUUUUUCUAUUUUUAUUUGAAUUUUUAUAAUUAGAAAGAACGGUACCUAAAUUAAAGAGAAACUUAAAGAACAAUGUAACAUUUAUAUUCUGUUUCCUCUUCUGAAAUAAGUCACAGCGUUCUUUCCUUUGCCCAUUUUAAUCGAGAAGAACUUUCAUUAAAAGCAUUGUGUUGUAGGCCUUUCACUGAAAGAUGAAUAUUGACAUGGCUUUUCAUAGAAAUGAACACCAGUUCGACAAUUGAUGAUUGGUUGCAAUAUGUUGUACAUAUGGAUGACCUAACAGUUGUUGGCAAUAAAAAUAAUGAAACCAGAAGCUUGGAGGGAAGUUGCCUGCAGAUCCCGGCAGCAAGCUGAAUUGUACUUUCAGAAGCAGAAUUUUGGCAGAGCAUUUGCUCAUUUCCUUGUUGCAUUGAAACUCAAUCCUCAGUGGAAAGCGGAACUCAAAGAGCAGUUUUCAUUAUGUCUAUGCUCAUGGGGCAAUAUUCUUGAAUCACAAAACCGAUAUACAGAUUUAUUCAACUGUUAUGAACAGGCAUUGGAGAUAUUUGGGGACAAUGACGCUGUUUUAAAUAACCUUGGUGCUCAUUUAUACAGGUCAAAUCAUCUGAAAGAGGCAUUGCACUACUUCAAAAAAGCAGUUGAUGCGAAUACAGAUAAUCUGCAAGCCUUCCGUAAUUUACAAAGUGUGAAGAAUCUGUUGGUGGAAAGAUGGCACUUUCGUAUGCUAAAUGACUCUUCACGAAACAAAGCAUACAGAGAUGCAAUCAUUAAAAAAGUCAGUCAGGGCUUUAAUUCUGUUUUGGACAUUGGUACAGGCACAGGCAUUUUGAGCUUAUUUGCUGUUGAAGGUGGGGCAAAAGAAGUCUUUUCAUGUGAUGUCUCUGAGACAAUGAUCAACAUAGCAGAAAAAGUCAUUUCAGCCAACAAUGCAAGUGGCAAAAUCUGUCUGAUAAACAAAAUGUCAACUGAUAUAAGGAUACCCGAAGAUAUUCCAAACAGGGUCUCUUUGGUGGUGACUGAGAUUGUAGAUGCUGGCUUGGUGGGAGAAGGAAUAUUGCAAACACUUUCACAUGCAUCAUCAUCACUCAUGGCCCCAGGGGCACAAGUGAUACCCUGUGGUGCAUUCUUAAGGGUGGUGGCCAUCUCCAGCCACUACAUUGCAUCCUGUUAUCGUGCUUCCUUGAGCUCAAUGGAGCCUGCGCUGAUUGCUGAAAUUGAUGGGCCCUAUGACAGUGAUGACAUAACGCAUGUACCCAGAGGAACCAGGGUACUGACGGAAGUGGCAUCGGCCUUGAACAUUGACUUCAUGAACCGAGAACAAUUAAGAAAAUUAAUACAGUGUGACCGUGUGUUCUCAUGUGCUGCAAAGUGUGUGGCUGAGGGAAAUAUUGAUGCUGCUGCUGUUUGGUUUGAACUUCAUUUGGAUGAUGACAUUGUAUUGUCUUCAGCUCCAGGCAGUAAUAGCUGCUGGGAACAGGCAAUAUUCCCUGUCAAGAGACCUUUGCACAUUUCCCCCAACCAAAUGAUAAACUUUGAGUUCAAGCUUUCUGGAAGAAAACUGUGUGUUGACAUCAGUGUAACUGCUGAAAUUGAGGUCAUACAAUCAAACAAAACUCAGGAAUUGGAACACAAUCUAUCAGUGCAACAAGAAGAUCCGCAGAAAUCAACUUGUGAAAUUCAUGAAAUGUUAAAUGCAGUGCAGUUACGGCAUGAUGGGAACAUAUAUGUUUCACAAGAGCUUGUGAAGAGUCUUAAUGAUUCUCACUGGAUAAGUGCAGUGAGAAAUGUGUGCAAGAUGACUGAAGUGGUUUGCAGCCAAAAAGUAUUAGAUAUGUCACAUUUUCCUAUGUUGGGUCUGAGUUUACUUGAAGAACAAAAAGAUAAUUCAUCUAACACAGACAGCAGUCUGGUUUGUAUAACACGAAUACCUGGUGAUGAAUUAGCAAUUAGGACAUGGGCAAAAAUUCAUGGAAUAAACAAUUCUCUCAUAAAAUGCAUAUGUGAACAUGAGAUCAGUGAUUUAGAGUCAAGUGGACAAACAUUUGAUCUCAUUAUGACUCAACCCUUUGAAACAACUGGUGAGCUGAGAGAGAAAACAUUUAAUUCACUGAGCACAAUCAGGAAACUUUUGAAGAGAGAAGGCAUUCUGUUACCUAAGUCUAUUUCUGUAGACUGUAAGUUAGUACAGUCUGAAUGGAUUAAAAAGGUAUCAGGAGUACGUGAUAUCAGUUGCACAUGUGGUUAUGAUAUCGCUGAUUUCAUCAAUGAGUACCAGGUAUCUCAACAUCUUGACUUCAAUCUGGACACAACUGAAAUGCAGGAUUUAAGUGAAACAGCCACAGUGUUGGAGAUGACUCUCAUUGACAGUCUGGAUGGCCUUAUUACCAAGGAUGUAACUGUUCCAGUUGUUGCAUCAGGCUGUGUAAAUGCUAUACCAUACUGGUUCAGAAUACAGUUUCUCCCAGGUGGACCAGAAUUUUCAACACUACAUAUAGGUUCUUUUGUGAAGCAAGCUGCUGUUUUGGUAGAACCGGAAUUGUGUGUAGUAAAGAACCAGAAGGUCCAUUUGACAGUGAAACAGUUUCAGAGCAUAUUACAUAUAGAGCUUGAAGAACAGUGAAAUGAAAAUAAAUAUCUUCAACUUUUUGUAAAUUAUUAUCUAUGGUAAAGACAUUAAUCAGUAAACAUGCCUCAUAAAGCUCUUAUGCAAUUGGAGAUAGUAAGGAUCAGUAAACCAAAGGCAGAGAGGAAACCAUGCUAACCGAAUACUGCUAUACUUGUGCCAACCCAAAAACUCAAAAUAUGUUCAGUAGAAGCAGGAGGCAAACAGAUAAAUAAAUUGAACAAGACAGUUAGAAAUUAGUAAGUAUUACUAUCUAAGAAAGUCCUGAAUAAAUUUAUC